UGGGGAAACCUCUACCCCCCAAUACAUACCUCAGUAUCGUCAAAAAACUUUGACAUAACUCUUCUGACAGUCCUACUAAGGAACAUUUGUAGCCUUAGUCCCCCAGCCACUGGAUGGGAUGCACUUCCCCCUGCCACAGAUAUAAGCACAGAGGCUGACAUUGCACGCAUGAAAUACUUUAGAAAUACAGUGUAUGCCCAUGCUGAUAAAGCAUCUGUGGAUGAUGCAAAAUUUAAUGGGUAUUGGCAUGACAUCAGAGAUGCUUUGGUAAGACUCGGAGGAGCUAAAUAUGGAAAGGCAAUUCUUGAUUUAGAGAAUGAAUGCAUGGACCCUGUAUUUGAGGAACAUUACAAAGAACUUCUUAAAGGAUGGAAAAGAGAUGAUGACAAUAAUAAAGACAAACUGGAUGAAAUUGACAGGAAACUUCAAUCAAUAGAAGAACUGGUGAAAGAAUCAGUGAGCAAAUCAAAACCAAAAGAUGUUGAGGAACCAACUGAACUUAUUGAAAGGAUUCGCCAACUUUACCUGACACGUGAAGGGCGACUUUCACCAUUUCCUUGGUGUGAGGAGUUCAACUUUGACCUUAAUGACAUAUUUACCAUGCCAACCAUUGUCAGGAGAGACAAAACUAGACGAACGGCAGCAGAACAGGUAACCAGCAUAACUGCAGUCUUCAAAUCUCACAGAGAAUGCUCCAAGCCCAGAACUGUUCUGAUUGAGGGAGAACUCGGAAUGGGCAAGACAACUUACUGUCAAAAGAUAGCAUAUGACUGGGCCAAUGGUCAAGAAACGGACCCCACUUUCCCAGAAAUCAAAUUGGUUCUCCUACUCAAAUGCCAUGAGAUGUCAGGUGACAUCUGGGAAGCAAUUGAUGAUCAGCUGCUUCCUCGAAACAUUGAUGAAAAGGCAAAGGAGAACUUCUUCAAAUACAUCCAUGCCAAUCAGUCCCAGGUACUGCUGAUACUUGAUGGAUUGGAUGAAGCACCAUCUAAUUUUACAAAGAUAUUUUCUGACCUUGUUGAGAGCAGAGACCUUCCAAAGUGUCGUGUCAUUCUUACAUCCAGGCAAGAGGGUAGUGUUAAGAUGAGCAAGUUUUGUGACACCUUGAUUCAAUUGGAAGGAUUUGCUUCAGAAAAUUCUCACAAUUACAUCACACACUACUUCAAAGACUUAGUGGCAGAGGGACAAAAACUUUUGAAUGACAUAGAACAAAAUAUUGAACUUGGAGAACUGAUUGUGAAUCCCUUAUUCACAGCAAUGCUCUGUCUUAUUUAUGAAGAUUUAGAAGGUAGUCUGCCUUCUAGCAAGACUCAAUUGUAUCUUGAAAUCAUAGAAUGCAUUCUUAAAAGAUUUUGCCAAAAGCAAGGGUUGUGUCACAGUAAAGGCAACCUAAUUGAUGUUUUCAAAGAACAGCUGGGACAAUUGGGAAGAAUGGCCUUGGAGGCCUUGAAGAGAGAUAUGAUGCAUAUUGAAGAGGGUGAAUUAACUGGUACAACAAGAAACUCACCUUUAUUUGAAUUCUUGUCAGUUCAGUCCAGCAGUAGCAAAAGAAGAUCUCAUUCAUACUAUAGAUUUUCACACAAGAGUUUUCAAGAAUUCUUUGCAGGUUUUUAUCUCUCUGACCAAAUUUCAAAAGGGGAGACAGACUUUGAGAGACUGCUUGCAAACGAAAGAGGAAACCUAAAGGCUAUUGAACCAGUCCUUUUGUUCACAGUUGGUAUUCUUGGUCAUAAAAGUGAAAAUGAUGCAUUGUCUCUUUUAAAAAUCACUAUCAAGAAUAUCAAUCUUUUCAAAACCCAGCUUUGUCCAAGUUUUUAUCUGAAUUUUGCUUUAAAGUGCAUUGGUGAAUCUUCCAUAGAAAAUUCAAGACUUCAAUCCCAGAUGAUAAAUUUAUUGGGCGCAAACCUAGAGCUUCAACAAUUAAUGAUAGGUGACCACAGCUUCCCUAUUAAGUUGCUUCUUAAGGCCCUUAAAGUUAACAGCACAGUGACUAGUUUGUGGAUCCCUAUUCCACUUGGACGCCAGUCUGUCCAGUCAUUGGCUGAUACACUUCGUGUUAAUAAAACUUUGACUACAGUUCUCAUCACAGACAAUUGCAUCAGUGCAUAUGCUGUGCAGCAACUAACAGAUGCUCUAAAGCUUAAUACAACAGUGCUUGACUUAGCCCUUUGUGGCAAAACAUGGGACAACAAUGGAGCCAGGAUCUUGGCAGGCUACUUGAGGGGGAAUAGAACUCUGAGUGCCUUACGUCUCAUCGGAAAUGACAUUGGUGACACAGGAGCCACGGCACUUGAAAAGGUUUUAUGGACUAACACCACUUUAAAUGUUUUGGACCUUUGGAAAAACCCAGGCAUUGGUAAUCCUGGUGGUCUGUCACUGUGUGAAGCUCUGAAAGUUAACAAAACCCUCUCCUCAUUAAAUUUGUCAGAAAGUGGAAUUGGUGAUGCUAGUGUUCAUUCUCUUGCAGAAGUUCUCAAAACAAACACCAGUCUAACUUCUUUGUCAUUGUCAGAUAUCAAAAUAAGUCAACACAGCAUCAAGUCUAUUGCUGAAGUCUUGAGAGUCAACUCUACUUUGAAAGAACUAUAUUUCCAGGGAAACAAGCUAGGCACUGAUGGUGCCAAGUUGAUAACUGAAAGCCUUAAAGUCAAUACCACUCUAGACAAGCUUGACUUGUCAAGGAACAACAUCAAAGCAUCAUGUGGUCGUUCAGUUUCUGAUGCCCUCAAAGUUAAUGUGACAGUAAAAUCUCUGUGUUUGGCUGAGAAUGCCCUUGGUGCUAGUGGUGUCCAGCUAAUUUCAGAAGGGCUCAGAAUUAAUACUACCCUGACCGAUCUGUACCUGUCCAAGAAUUCCAUUGGGGUGAAGGGCUUAGAAUCAAUCACAGAUGCCAUCAGAGCUCAUGUUUCAUUGACUAGCUUAGAGCUAUCACACAACAGUAUUGGUGAUCAUGGAGUCAAAAAAGUUUCUGACGCUCUUAAAGUUAAUGUCUCUCUGAAGGAACUGUAUCUGUCAUCUAAUGCCAUUGGUACUUCUGGAGGACAGUCAAUUGCUGAGGCCCUUAAAAGUAAUUGCACUCUGGCUAUUUUAGACCUUCAUAACAAUGUCAUUGGUGAUGAUGGAGCCCAGUCACUUUGUGAGGCUCUUAAGACCAAUACCACCUUGACUGAGCUGGAUUUUCNCUGA